AUGAGUGUCAAUGCUGCUGCAUCGACAUUACACAGUUCAUCCAAUAAGAUAUUUGUAUUGAAAACUGCGAACUGGUCCAUUAUUGAAUUGAUUUCAGGCCAACAAGCCAUCGAAGAACUAGAAAAAACCGAUGAUUUUGUCAAUAAUUUUAGCCAGUUCGAUUUAGAGUCUCGUGUAAGUGUAUCUUCACCAACAGUACAAGAUUAUUUCAAGUUUAUUGCACAACAAAUAUUGGUUUGGGAUGAAGAAUCAAGCCAGGUGAUGGCGUCGUGUAUUCAAUAUAUCAACACUACUUGUCUAGAACAACUGAAACUAUUAACUUAUCCACCACGAAUUUAUGUUGUAUUAACAAAUGGAAAAGAUGAAAAUAAUGCUGCAUAUUGCCGUAAUGAAAAUGUUAUUGUAAUGCCACUAACAAUUAUUCUUAAUAGGCAGAUGCGUAAAACAUUUAUUCACGAACUAUUUCAUAUAUGGAGUAAAUGGCAUACAAAUUCAACAAUUCGUGAUGAAUUAUAUGCAAGUAUUGGAUACUAUAAAAUACCAGUCAUGAAGUCAAUCGAAUUUCCAGCUAGUUUACAACAGCGAAAAAUAACUAAUCCAGAUGCACCAUUGGUUUUGAAAUAUUAUAUUGAAUUGAAAAAACUUGAAGAUGAAAAUGGAAAAACAUAUAAAUGCACACCAAUUUUACAAGCUUCUCGUGCUUUUAAUCCCAACUUUUCUACCAAUCUCUUUGAUUAUCUAGUGGCAACAACUUUGAUCUUAGAUGAUACGACAUUCGAACCGUUAGAACCAUUACAAUAUUUAUCAUACGCAGAAGCUAGUAAUUUUUUUGAUCAAAUCGGAAAUAAUACAACUUAUAUUAUACAUCCGGAAGAAAUUCUAGCAGAUAAUUUUGUAUUAUGGAUAAUGAACAAGGAUCAAUCAACAACAUUGGAAUCACCAACUGUUAUCUUGAGGAUGAAUGAUAUCAUUUCUAGUACUGUCAAUGAUAGAAACGAGUGUUGCUGA